AUGGUUCUCUUUGAAGGAGUAGUCGAGGCCGAGUCUUUCGCUACGGCGGAAGAUGAACCGAUGGCGGAUGAAGAAGCCACGGCGGAGAAACCCGAGGAGCCGGAGAUUCCUCGAGAUGCGCAAACGACGGAGCCGAUUCCAAACUCCGCCGAAACCCUAGCUCCACCACCGACUGAUGGAGUGACUGAAGCAGCGGUCACUACACCUCCGGUGGUGACCCCAGACGAGCUCAACGCCGCCGCAACAGAGUCACGGAGCCCGACGCUUCGAUUCCACCGAGAGAUCCAACUCCGGUCGUUCUCGAUCUCACGACGAGGUCCUCGACGAACUCACCCGGCCAGCCGUUUCGAUCUGAGCAGAAGGAGCCGUCGCCUGAACCGCCUUCUACUACAGCGCCGAGAUCCCGGAAUCGGCUUUCGCUCAAACCGCUAUGCCGUUUCCGAUGAAGAAGAAAGCGAUGAUGAGCUCGCUCAUUACAUGGAAGAGGAAAGUUCUCGAUCACCGGACUUCCACCGCCAUCCAAGAAGAUGA